AUGAAUGUCUAUCUUGUCCAAGGUCUAAAGUCAAAUUUGAUCAGUGUCAGCCAACUAUGCGAUGAAGGUUUAACAGUGUGGUUCAACAAGCUAGAAUGUAAAGCCAUUGAUGCUGACGGAAAGGCAGUUCUACGAGGAGUUCGUUCAGGCAACAACUGCUACAUGUGGGAUCAAUCUGCAAAAUGCCUAAGUGUGCGAGAUGAUGUUGAACUGUGGCAUAAGCGAUUGGGACACAUGAAUAUUCGCCAUCUUACCACUCUGGUGAAUAAGGAGAUUGUUCGUGGUGUUCCAAAACUGAAAGGAUGUGAGAAAAUCGUGUGUGGUCCAUGCAAUCAAGGGAAACAAGUGAAGGUCCAGCACAAGAAGGUGCCAGAUGUACAAUCCAAGUCAGCACUGGAUCUAGUACACAUGGAUUUUAUGGGACCAAUGCAAGUGGAGAGCAUUGCAGGCAAACGCUAUGUCUUUGUUCUAGUGGAUGAUUACUCGCGAUACACUUGGGUGCGCUUCAUUCGUGACAAAUCUGACACCAUGGCGAGUUUCAAGAUUUGGGCACUACAAGUCAUCAAUGAGAAAGGAAGCAUCAAGCGCAUACGCAGUGAUCAUGGGGGAGAAUUUCAGAAUGAGGCUAUGAAGAACUUCUGCAAUGAACAAGGCAUAGCUCAUCAGUUUUCAGCGCCUAGAACACCACAGAUGAAUGGAGUUGUUGAUCGAAAGAACAGAACACUUCAGGAAAUGGCGAGAGCAAUGAUCCAUGGAGGAAAUAUUCCAGUGAAGUUUUGGGCUGAAGCAAUCAACACCGCAUGCUACAUCAUAAACCGUGUCUACAUUCGAAAGGAUUCACUCAAAACACCUUAUGAGUUUUGGAAAGGAAAAAUACCUAAUCUAAGUUACUUUCGUGUCUUUGGAUGCAGCAACAGUUCAGCUUUCAGAGUGUUCAACCUUCGGUCCAAGAUCAUAAUGGAAUCGGUCAACGUGGUAUUUGAUGAUCGGUCAAUCGCAAUUAUGGGAGACUUACCACUGUAUUAUGAUCCAGAACCCAGGCGAGCUGAAGUACAUGAAGAGGAUCCCAAUCCAGACAAGCCUGAGGAUGAAGAGAAGGUUGAAGAACGAGCUGAAGUACAUGAAGAGGAUUCCAAUCCAGACAAGCCUGAGGAUGACGAGAAGGUUGAAGAAGUGCCUGACACGGUGGUUGCCGUAGAACACCCAGUGACUCAAGUUCAUAGAAAUCACUCAUCAAGUGAUCUGAUUGGCGACAUAAAUGAUGGACGAAAGACAAGAGGAAUAAGGCUGAAUUACAAGCAAAUGGUCAGUAUGGCAAUAAUUCAGUUUGAAUGCUUUGUGUCAACCAUAGAGCCUCGGAACCACCUUGAAGCACUUGAUGAUGCAGACUGGAUCAUCUCCAUGGAAGAUGAACUUGAGGAGUUUGUGAGAAACGAUGUCUGGGAACUGGUGCCUCUACCUGAUGGUGUGAAUGUGGUCGGCACAAAAUGGAUAUUCAAGAAUAAGACAGAUGAUGUUGGCAGUGUUGUGCGAAAUAAGUCAAGACUUGUUGCUCAGGGUUACUCACAAGUUGAAGGUGUUGACUUUGAUGAAACUUUUGCCCCUGUAGCACGAUUGGAGUCUAUCAGACUGUUCUUGGGUAUGGCCUGCAUACUGAACUUCAAAGUACAUCAGAUGGGUAAGAAGAGUGCUUUCUUGAAUAGCAUUCUACAAGAGGAAGUAUAUGUAGCUCAGCCGAAGGGAUUUGAAGAUCCUACGCAUCCUGAUUAUGUGUACAAGCUGAAGAAAGCACUUUACGGACUGAAACAGGCUCCAAGGGCUUGGUAUGAGCGAUUGACGAAGUUCCUGACUGACACAGGCUACAUCAGAGGAACAGUGGACAAGACUCUGUUCAUACUUGAGAAGGAAGAUGAUAUGAUCAUGGUGCAGAUCUAUGAGGAUGAUAUCAUCUUUGGAGGAACUUCAGAGAAGCUGGUGCAAAACUUCGUGAAGAGUAUGACAAAGGAGUUUAAGAUGAGCAUGGUGGGAGAAUUGAAGUACUUUCUUGGACUUCAAGUAAAUCAGACUGAGGAAGGUAUCUUUAUCUCUCAAAGUACUUAUGCUAAGAAUCUGCUGGUGAAGUUUGGUCUUGAAAAGUGCAAGGAGGCAAGAACACCAAUGAGCACAACCACUAAGAUUGGAAAGGAUGAACAUGGAGAAGAUGUUGAUGUGAAGCUAUACAGAGGAAUGAUUGGAAGCUUGCUUUACCUUACAGCAAGUCGGCCUGACUUAUGCUUCAGCGUCGGGAACUGUCAAUCUGGGGAUCUUCUACUCUAA